AUGGCUGGACCAGGACUUGACGAUGCGGAGCUCUCCGACGACCGAAGUACGAGCAUCGAUCCACCACCACUCAACCCUCCACCUCCACCACUAUAUCUCGCCCGCAAGCUUGAGCUUGCGAUCACAGACAGGCCAACAACACCGGACGAGCAGAUUGGCGACCUCCUCCAAGCUCGGUUCAGCACAGAGACCAUGGAGAACAAGACUGCGACCCCGCCAGCGGACGAUGCGCCCGACUCCAACACCGCAACCCAACCUAUCCUCCCUCGAGACCGCCAGACACGAACAGCGACCUACGAUUAUGCAUACGAGAAGUCAAUGAGUCACGCUGAGGCACGACUGUUCUACCAGCGGCACCAGCUUGCGUCUCGCAGCGUUGAUGGGGAUCCUCCCCAAAGUCCUGACUUGAGCGGAAGGUCGAUACCUAUACUAUCGGGGCCAGGAGGCCAUGGCCCCACGUCAGGAAGCAAUUUCGAUAAUGAGUCGAUUAGCAGCAUGCUUCCUGGCCCGUCAUAUUCGGUGACGUCGACUCCGCCAGGCAAUUCGCAAUCGAUGCGGCGAGAGGAUGGCAAUAUCAGCAUUGCAGAGAGGUCGGCUAGGGGACAUGUUAUGCCUACCAUCGGCAUGCCGAUGGAUGGAUCAGGUCGGGCCAAUGUCGGUAUGGGCGUUCCAACGGGCAUACCGCCUGCCGUGGGAGGCUAUGUGCCAAAUGACGGAGCCAUUACUGCUGAAUUGAGCGCGAUAUGUCGCAAGAUACAGGGUCUCUUAGAUACCAGGCAUAAAUAUAUGCGCCUAUCGUUUCAGCGGGCAGGUGAUAACCCCCGAGACGAGCCCGGCUGGGUGAUUUAUCCGCCUCCACCUGAACCAGCGUGGGAGGAGGAUAAAGAGCGAUUUGGUACGGGAAGCAUGUCAAGUAGCUUCAUUAUGUCCGCAAAGGCUGGAUCUAAGCAGGCUGAAUCGGAGGCAUUUCCGCCUAUAAGCUCAGCGAAGAAGGGACGGAAGCCAGGCCAGGACAUUGGGGAGGACUUUGACAUGAACGAUCUACUUCCACUACCUGAGGCGUCGACCAUGACUUUCAAGCUAGAUGAGAACAGUGUCUAUCAGGUAUAUGAGACGAAAGCGGCCUCUGACCUGAGCCAGCCUGUGAUCCAGAUCCCUUCCAUCCGCGAUUUCUACAUGGAUCUCGAUGGGGUUCUCGAUGUGUCUACUGAUGGGCCCGUCAAGUCCUUUGCAUUCAAGCGUCUAUCCUACCUGGAAGGCAAGUUCCAGCUCCACGCACUGCUGAACGAGUACCAGGAAAUCGCGGACAGCAAGAAAGUACCCCACCGAGAUUUCUAUAACGUCCGCAAGGUUGAUACCCACGUUCAUCAUUCGGCGUGUAUGAACCAGAAACAUUUGCUUAGAUUUAUCAAGAGUAAGAUGAAGAAGUGUCCAGAUGAGGUGGUGCUAUUCAGGGAUGGGAAGCAUCUGACCCUAAAGGAGGUCUUUGAGAGUAUCAAUCUUACGGCUUAUGAUUUGAGUAUUGAUACCCUAGAUAUGCAUGCGCACACGGACUCAUUCCACCGAUUCGACAAGUUCAAUCUCAAGUACAACCCAAUUGGCGAGUCUCGUCUGCGAGAAAUCUUCUUGAAGACCGACAACUACAUCAAGGGCCGGUACCUAGCUGAGAUUACGAAAGAAGUAAUGUCCGACCUCGAGUCAAGUAAAUACCAGAUGGCCGAAUGGCGAAUCUCCAUCUACGGUCACUCCCUGGCUGAAUGGGACAAGCUCGCUGCCUGGGUUGUUGACAACAAGCUCUUCUCCCCCAAUGUCCGCUGGCUGAUCCAGGUCCCUCGUCUCUACGACGUGUUCAAAUCAAGCGGCAAAGUAGAGAACUUUGAAGACAUCGUGCGCAACGUCUUCCAGCCGCUAUUUGAGGUCACGCAGGACCCAAACAGUCAUCCAAAACUACACGUUUUCCUGCAGCGUGUCGUCGGAUUCGACAGCGUUGACGAUGAGAGUAAAGCGGAGAGACGACUGUAUCGCAAGUUCCCGGUCCCCAAACAGUGGGAUACCAAGCAGAAUCCGCCAUACAGCUACUGGAUCUAUUUCAUGUUCGCGAAUAUGGCGUCACUGAACACUUGGAGGAAGCAGCGUGGGUUCAACACCUUCGUGCUCCGACCUCACUGCGGGGAGGCCGGCGACCCCGACCACCUUGCUUCUUCUUUCCUAUGCUGCCAGGGUAUCGCACAUGGGAUCUUACUCCGAAAAGUCCCUCUGCUGCAGUAUCUGUUCUACCUGGACCAGAUCCCGAUCGCCAUGUCUCCGUUAAGCAACAACGCACUGUUCUUGAGCUACGAUAAAAACCCGUGUGCUAAUUACUUCCGGAAGGGCCUGAACAUCUCACUCUCCACCGAUGACCCGCUGCAGUUUGCAUUCACGAAAGAACCGCUGAUCGAGGAAUAUUCCGUUGCCGCUCAGAUCUACAAGCUUAGUGCGGUGGAUAUGUGUGAGUUGGCGAAACAUAGCGUUGACCAGAGCGGGUUCGAACUGGCGUUGAAGCAGCGCUGGCUGGGGAGUAAAUGCCAUCUGCCUGGCCUGGAAGGUAAUAACAUGGCGAAAAGCAACGUACCCGACUUACGCGAGGCGUUUAGAUAUGAGACACUGACCGGAGAGCUCUCGCUGCUGGAACGGUAUGCGUCCGCCACACCGAACAACGCCCACACACCCAAGACACUGACGAAGGUGCCUUCAUUCUCUUACCUGAGGAACGAUGACACCCCGUCUAGCGCCGCAGCCGGAACUCCUGGUCCCUCGGAGCACGUAGCAGCGGCAGCCGGGCGCCAUCCCUCGUACUCGGACGCAGAGUCGUACGCCAACUCGAGCAAAGCGCAGACCGCCAGUGGCACGCCACAGGAACACGGCUUUGGCUCGAUGCCUGCGCAGGCGAUAUUCCCGGGAAUCGUACAUGCACGAGCUCGCAAGGAUAGCACCUUAUCGCGGACGGGGAAUGGCGGGGACGACCCCGAGGACGCACACGAGCGCUCUCCGGGACAGGGAGGACAUGUCUGGCGCGCAGAGGACCUAGGCAGCGAUGACGACUGA